AUGUAGACGAGGUCCCGCCGACAGCCUCCACAUCACCCACCCAGACUUUCUCCAGGACUUACUACCAUUCUGGAAGCCAGAAUACCUGGUUUAAUAGUUGAGGUUGGGCAGAUGACCCCUGGUUGCUUUCAUCACUCUUAUCACGAUUCCAAUCUACAUUACCGUUGAUCCACACUUCCAUUACCGCCAAUUGAAGCAACCAUGCCACGGCCGGCCGGACUCAAAGUCGAUUCGGCACUUGAAGGUUCGAGUAUCUAGCUUGGCAUGGGUUCCUAUUACUUCCCUGCCAUCCUUCGUAGACCGCUAUGCGUGUCGUCCUCAACGCUCUCGAACUAUUCUAGUCCCUCAUCUGUCAAGUUUCCUCCAGCGUCAUAGGGACCCCCUCAAGAUGCGCUGGAUUACCUCCGCUCCCGUUGCGCUCCUCGCGCUCCCAACCCCCAUUUCCGCUCUAAUCCGCUUCCAGUGUAGCCAGCUGGUGGUAGAACGACUCGACCCACUCGUCACGCCCGGGGAAGUCCCUUCCCCCCAUGUUCACCAGAUCGUGGGUGGAAACUCCUUCAACGCCACGAUGUCGCCCUCGAAAGACAUGCCCGGCGAGAGCACCUGCACAACCUGCCAGUUCUCCGAAGAUUUUAGCAACUAUUGGACGGCGGUGUUGUAUUUCCGAGCACGGAACGGGACCUACCAAAGAGUGCCACAAAGGAGUAAUGCGGGCUUUGAGGGAGCGACAGGUGGCGGAAUGACGGUCUACUAUAUGCAAGACCCGCUUUAUGAUACAGCGCAGAAGAGCAAGGUGAAAGCAUUCCAGCCGGGCUUCCGCAUGUUCGUCGGCAAUGUUAACGCCCGCACGAAAGACGAAGCUGCCAAGUUCCGCCAACUGACGUACACGUGCAUGAGUAACGCUGGGAGCCGAGAGCACGAAACAGUUGCUUUCCCGCAGAAACCGUGCAGGUAUGGCAUCAUGACAAGCGUUCGCUUUCCGACCUGCUGGGACGGCGUCAAUCUAGACUCUCCGGACCACAUGGCACACAUGAGUUAUCCAGAAACCGGCACCUUCGAAUCGGCCGGCCCAUGCCCGGCAACCCAUCCGGUCCGUACGGCCCAAGUGAUGUACGAAGUCAUCUGGGAUACAUCCAAGUUCAACAGCAAGGAUGACUGGCCUGAAGAUGGUUCGCAACCCUUUGUCUGGUCGUUUGGAGAUGCUUCUGGCUACGCCAAUCAUGGCGAUUACGUGUUUGGAUGGAAGGAUCAGGCGCUGCAGAACAUCCUGGACACGAGCUGCUAUGCUAGUAGCUGUGGUGGAAAGACCCAGGAUAUUACGGCCAUGAACAAGUGCGCGGGACUGAAGCCGACGGUCAACGAAAAUAUCGGAGUGGAUGAUUGGCUUACAGCGCUUCCGGGUGGGCACAUGACUGAGAGCCGCUAGUCUUCAUUGACUACUAAACCUAUAUAUAUUUCCCGGGCAUGAAGACGGCUUUCCUCAUGACAUGUUCGCUCACAGAAGUGGAAGUGGGCCGCCGCUGUGCAAUGAGGCAGCGAGCUGAGCGGGAGGGUGAUUGCGAGACUCCUCCA